AUGCGCAUAGCCGGAUUCAAAAUGGGAUACACCCAGGAGGCCGCUCAAGUGCUCCGGCACCUGCUAAGUAUCCUGGACGUGCCGUGUCUCAGCAUUAACUGGCUGGAUGAUGCACAGGGAGACACCGAGGCGGGUAUAGAUUAUCUUAGCCCCAGACCAGGGGGUUUCUUACCCCAAAUGAGGCAGCGGCAGAUUGUGUUCACGAUUCACAGCACGGCCACGAUUAAGUACUGGGACGAGUUCUUUCGACAACUCAAAAAGACCUAUAACAUCAAAAAGAAGGCGUUAGUGGACAAAAACUGGAUUGAGUUAGGUUAA